AUGGUCGAGUACCUCGGGCACUUUAUUUCUCAUGAGGGCGUUAAAGUGGACCCAAGGAAGGUCGAAGCGAUGGUGGGGUGGCCGAAGCCCGCGAGCUUGACGCAGUUACGAGGGUUCCUUGGUCUUACGGGAUAUUAUCGCAAAUUCGUGAAAGACUAUGGAACCAUCGCGAAGCCACUCACAGAGAUGACAAAGAAGGGGGCAUUCAAGUGGACGGAGGCGAGCGAGAAGGCUUUCGAGGAGCUGAAGAAGGCCAUGACGACCACGCCCGUGCUCGCAAUGUCGAGGUUUGAUGUGUUGUUCGAGAUUCACUCGGAUGCGAGCGAUAUUGGAGUCGGGGCGGUUUUGGUGCAAGAAGGACGACCCUUGGCCUAUCUCAGCAAGGCACUCGGGCCGGCACGCUUAGGGUUGUCCGCGUACGUAAAGGAAAUGCUGGCCGUGGUCGAGGCUGUGCGCGUGUGGAGGCCGUAUUUACUUGGUCGACACUUUUGGAUUGUCACGGACCAGCAAUCGCUCAAGCACUUGCUCGAGCAAAGGAUCGUGACGCCUGAGCAGCAGAAGUUUGUGUCCAAGCUAAUGGGGUUCGACUUCGAGAUAGUGUAUCGGCCUGGUCGCCAAAACUCCGUGGCCGACGCAUUGUCUAGGCGAGAGGAUGUUGCGGAGCUCGACGCAGUGACGGGACCGACGUGGGCUGUUUGGGUUGAGCUUCGGAAGGCGCAAGAUGAGGAUGCACAUUGCCGGGACGUGAUCGAGAAGCUAAACGCGGGACAUGGCGAGGACGAGGACCAUGACAUGCACGAUGGCUUGCUCCUUUAUCAUGGUCGAGUCGUCGUGCCCAAGGCGGGAUCAUUACGCGAGGAAAUUAUCCGACACUUCCAUGACUCGAAGUUUGGAGGGCACUCCGGAGUGUUCCGGACGUGGAUGAGGAUUGCGAGCACUUUUCAUUGGCCAGGGCUGAGGGACGAUGUGCGCAACUACGUUGGGCGGUGUGAUGAGUGCCAACGCACUAAGGCGGACGCACGUCGACCAGGCGGGCUGCUCCAACCCUUGCCGGUCCCCGCACGUAUCUGGGAGGACAUCACCAUGGAUUUCAUCGAGUGGUUGCCACUCUCGAAUGGGUUCAAUGGAGUCAUGGUGGUAGUCGACC